ACUAACCGUAUUAGCUUACCGUAUUCAAGCCAUGGCAUGUCGGACAUAAGUUAUUAUCCCAUUCCGUGUGCAGGUAGGAAGGUUAUGGCUUCUUACUUUGUCUUUUUUUCCCCACCUCGUUUUAAACCCCCUUUUUUUUAAAGUUUAGAAGUAAAUUGUAGAGACUAGUUCGAUAGCUUGGUGACUUGCUAUGUAAGGUAUCUCUUUUAGCUAUGAAAACACGAAUAUAUUCAUAUUGAAUAACACUUAUUAAUUCAUUUAUUAAUUAAAUUAACUUUAACCAUUCGGCGCGAUAAGUCAGGGAUGGAGGUCUUUUGUAAUUCUUUAUGUGGAGUGGAAAAUAAAACGAUUGACUGCAGUACCCAAAAUAGCCUAACGGUGGUGCAAUUGAGUCAAAAUGGGAAGGCACAGGGUAUACCCCAAAUACAUUCAUUUUCGACCGCUUAUCCUCACGAGGGUCACGGGGGGUGCUGGAGCCUAUCCCAGCUGUCUUCAGGCAAGAAGCGGGGUACACCCUGGACUGGUGGCCAAGCCAAUCACAGGGCACAUAUAGACAAACAACCAUUCACACUCGCAUUCAUACCCAUUGAAUUACCAUUUGGAGAUGCACAUUAAUGCACAUUAUUCUAAAAUUAAAAAGACAUUACAUGUCAGCCUUUUUACAAUAUUUCCCAAACAGAAAUGACCUAUUUUUGGAAAGAAAAAUACUUUUAUCCUCUCUGCUCUCAUGUCUAUUUUUGUGACUGUCAUCUUUUUCUCGCCUCCCGUGUUUGUUUUGCACCUGAGGCGUGUUUGUGUGUCUGCUUCAUGGUUGCCACAUCUGCUCUCUUGCUCCCAUACACAAUAUGGAGUUCCUUUUCGUUAGGGGCGGGGUUUUAUUUAUUAGUAAAGGACCACAGUUGGUCUUAGUCUCUGUUGGACAAUCUCUGUGACCUCCUCGCACAUACCAAAAACAUGCAUGUUGAGUCAAAUUGGUGACUAAACAUACAUAGGUAUGAAUGUGAGAGUGUCUAUAUGUGCCAUGUGAUUUACUGGAGACCAAUCCAGGGUGCCCAAAGUUGGCUGGGAUUUGCACCAGCAUUUUUCCCCAGCAUAGAAGAUAGAUAGAUGGACAAAACAAUGAAACCAAAAUUAGGUUGCAAAAAGUUGAGUGUGACAGUUGAGAAUGUAAUAUAUAUAGUCACAUUUAUACUCUUUUUUUUUUAAUUUUUAUUUUUUAUUUAUUUUUUUUAUUUACAACAUAUUACGCAACUGCAGGGUCUUGAGACACAUGCUAACUCGCAAACUAGAGAGCUAGCGACCUAAACAGGUAGCCUUCAAGUUAUUUCCUUUAAACUUAAAUAGCCAAAAACUUACCACUUCCACACGGAUAGGGAGGAUAACUAUUAACAGUAUAUAUAUUUUUUUCUGGGUAUAUGAUACCAUACAGCAUUCAUAUCAAACUUGCGCUGUGACGCACUAACAUUAAACUUUCAUAUCAAGGCUGGGGGCCUCAAACUAGUGUCCUGCGGGCCACAUUUGGCCCGCGGGCCGCGUGUUUGAGACCCCCUGGAUUAUGGUAUGCACUCAAUUGUAAUCUGAUGCAUGUUCAAAUGAAAUUAAACCAUUACUAUUACCAUAUUUUGUGUGUUUUAACGGAUUUGGAUACAAGCACUGACACCAUUAUGAGAAUAAAGACUCUUUAUUGGAUGUUUUUAUGGUAUGUGAAAAAUGUUUCAAUUUCCUCUUGAACACAUUCCUUUUGUAAACCUUUCAUCUCUUAGCUACAACGUGUUGUGCAGAGAAUAUACAAUAUUAGUAUUCUAUUUUUUUUUUAGGUUUUUGUAGUUGCUAUUGUGUUUUCAUUCACAUUUGCAAGCAUUUCAGUGAAGAAGAAGAAGAAGAAGAAGGUUUAUGAAGCAGCUCAUGCUGAUGAUGCUGAUGGGACUCCCAGACUGAGCAGAUGGAAUUGUGGGAAAAGAUGAGAUGUGAGACGGGUACUUCAUCAGCUGCAGUGUGUGUGUGUGUGUGUGUGUGUGUGUGUGGCUCCCUCCCUCCCUCCCCCUCCCCACAUCUCUGCUCCUCAGGGCGGCUACACAGCAGGCUGUCUCGGCUCCGUAGCAGCUCGGGCUGCUUUAUCUCAUAUAGCGGAUCGACUCCCAACGCCGACCCGCUGCUGACUGCCUGCCUCCCUGCCCUCCCUCCCACCUCCAACGGAGAAGUGGGAUCUUGUCUUUAUUAUCUUUUCUACAGAUCUUUUGUCUGCAGACGGCAGGCUGGCGUGAUGCUCCGCAGAUGUUCCGGCCUGAGUGACGCAACUCAUAGUGGGAUGCAGAACCCCUCCCUUCCAAGUGUAUAGACAACAGGAAGCAGAUUGGCAAAGGGAUUAAAGCACAUUAUGGAUGCCGCACCAUUGGUUGUCUAUGGAGGUCACUAGCUACAGCUUUGCUGCCAUGGAUGAAGAGGAAGAGAAUAUCAUUGAGUCUUACAUGGUGCCUGACUCCGCCCACUUCCGUCUUCCCGACUCCCUGUACCGACAACGAAGCAACAUGUCAUGUGUUUACAUCCGCCAGCAAGACGACAUCUAACCCACGAAGCAACCAUGGCCAGACAUGACACCCCGCACUUCCUCCACGGCUUUGACCUCAGCGCCCACUUUGUUGACCUCCGACCCCUCGGCGUCGGAGGCACCGGGUUGGUCCUGUCGGCCGUAGACCAGCGUACGGGACGACGCGUGGCCAUUAAGAAGUUACUGAUGCGGGAUGCUGUGACGGUGAAGCACGCCUUGAGGGAGGUCAAAAUCAUCCGCCGACUCCGCCAUGAGAAUGUAGUCCAAGUCCAUGAGGUCCUGUCCCCCUAUGGAAGACCCCCGACAAAGGAUCCGGCCCAGCUUGGAGCCCUGUAUGUGAUCCAGGAGUGCAUGGAGACGGAUUUGGCUCGGUUGCUGGAGCAAGGAGCACUAUCUACAGGCCACGCCACUCUGCUGUUCUACCAGCUGCUGAGGGGACUCAAGUUCAUCCACUCGUCCAACGUGUUGCACAGAGACCUGAAGCCUGCCAACAUAUUCAUCAACACCGACCAACUGCUGCUCAAGAUCGGAGACUUUGGCCUGGCCAGGAUAGUCGACCCUCACUAUUCUCACAAGGGCUAUCUGUCCGAGGGUGUGGUCACUAAGUGGUACUGUUCCCCUCGUCUGCUGCUGUCCCCCAACAACUACACAAAGGCGAUAGACAUGUGGGCCGCAGGAUGCAUCCUGGCAGAAAUGCUCACAGGAUGCAUGCUCUUUGCAGGUGCUCAUGAGUUGGAGCAGAUGCAGCUCAUCCUUGACACGGUGCCGGUGAUCCGAGACGAGGACAGGCAGGAUCUGUUACAGGUAAUGCCUUCAUAUAUUAAUCAUGGCUGGAACGUCAGGAAGCCCUUCUCUCAGCUGCUUCCUGAAGUGGAUGCUGAAGCUGUGGACUUCCUGGAACAAAUCCUGACCUUCAACCCCAUGGAUCGCUUAACAGCCGAGGCGGCGUUGUCCCAUCCCUUCCUGCGUUUGUAUUCCUGUCCGGAUGACGAGCCCGUAUCGUCGCAUCCCUUCCAUAUCGAGGAUGAGCUGGAGGACAGCAUCAUCAUGGAGCAGAGCCUCAGCAACAGCCUCAGUCGGGCCUCCAGCAUCCACCACUGGGACGGCUUAUCAACAGACGUGUGCUGGCAGCAGUCAGGGGGGAAGUGUCGAUGCAUGCCCUCUGGUGGUCACAUGAUCUCUGAUAUGGAAGACACCACAGAGGAAGAGGAGGUCCAAAGAGACCCCAGAGCCAGCUGUGCCUCAUUUUUAGAGGAGGCCCAGGUGGACCCACGUAAAUAUUCCCACAGCAGCUCUGCUGAACGCUUCCUGGAACAUUCCCACUCCUCUCUGGACCGGGCCUGUGGUUUGAGCUUCGGGGACUUGGACUGCGGCCGUUCGUGCGACUACAAAGUGGGCUCGCCAUCCUACCUGGACAGAAUCGCUUGGAGAGAGGGCAAGCCUCAGCACUACUCGGAGCCGAGGCUGAUUCUGGAUCUGUCUCACUGGAAGCGCAACACCACCAGCAACCCCCCCGUGUCCAUCCAGCCCAUCGGGGGCAGCGUGGAGGACGUGAGGGAGAUCGUGCAAACCGAAACGGGGGAUUUAUUCCAGGAGAUCUCCCACUGGGUUGAGAGCACCCAGUCCCGUCUGUACUCACCUAGUCCACCUUUGGAACCACAAUCACCCUCCUGCUACACCUCCUCACCGCCUCUCCCUCUCUCCCCUACUGACCUCCAGACUCCGGUCUUCCACUACUCAGAACUUGAACCACAGCCUUUCCCGUGCGACUACGACGAGGACAGACUCAGCCCCUUUCCGCCCGUCACUCCCACUUCUCCUCUACCUCACAGCGAGUCCCCUGCUUCGUCUCCUCUGUUUCCUCCCUCUCAGCCGGAGCCUCUCUCCUCCUCAUCCUCCUCCAUGGCUCAAUCCAGGGAGUCACUCCCCGUCAAGCAGAAGGAGCGUCUAUUCGACUUGGAUGUGUUUAUCUCCCGUGCUUUGAAACUGUGCCGGCAGAAUAAGGAGAAAGGAGAUGGGAAAGGAUGGAGGGAGGAGAGCAAAAACUGCAGGGUCUCCAGACCUCCUGAGCACAGGACGCCGCCACCACAGACCUGAAGUCCACUAAACAAAAAAAAUGAGAUUUUGAGUAUUUUCAUUCUCAAUAUAUGGCUUGGUUUUAAGGCUAAGUAUAUCAAACUGGGCCAUAAUUUGAUUUUAAUUAUUAUUUUUGCUUACAUUUUUUUACCUUCUGGGCUUGUUUGGUCCCACUGACUCAUUAUAAUAAUUUUGCCAUGAGUACCUCACAGGUUCUCAUGAUAAAAAUGUACAAUUUGAUCUGGUGAAAGUGGGAAAUUUUUUAUCUUUUUAAUCACACUUUUAAUGAGAGGGACUGUUUUGGGACCUAAAAGGGUUUUUUGGGCGUGAACUAUAUAGGAACCAAAACCAGAUCUUGUGUCAGGUUGGAAAUGAGCUCAUUAUAAUGUCUCAUUAUAAUGUCCUGGUUGUUCAGCGGAGUUACAGGUUUUUCAUUUGAAUGCAAAAAUAGAUUUAAAACUCAAAUUUAAUAUUAAUUUACAGUUUUACUUUUGUAAAAAAAAAAAAAAAAGUUGCAAACCAAACCACCCUUAAACCUGUACCUUGUUGGCCUUGGGGAAAUACUACAAGGAGUUACAAUGGAGUCCACCGAUAUGCCCCAUGUGGUACUGCAACCAAUACUUGCGACUGUUUACUCACUUGUAGCUGAGGCAACGCUGCGUUGGAUACCACACAAACGGGAUCAGUUUUGUAUACAAGAUCCUUAUUUUACCAAAUGUCUUCCACACACAGGAAGUUCCUAUGAAUGUACUGAAUGAGGAAUACCAUAUAUACUGUAUGUACUGGACAAAAACACAGCAUAUAGUCAUCGUUUCAGACCCGACCGUGGUAAGUGAAUUGCCGCAAUGUAGGAAUCAAUGUUAAUAAAUUUAACAUUUUUGUAGUUGGAGCAUAAAAAAAACAUGUUUGUGAUUUUCUAAACAAAAUAAGAAAUCCAAAAAUUACCACUUCCACAUGGAAUAGGAGGUUCAUGUCUGUAAGUGAAUUGCUGCAAUGUAGGAAUCAAUGUUAAUAAAUUGAACAUUUUUGUAGUUGGAGCAUAAAAAAACAUGUUUGUGAUUUUCUUAACAAAAUAAGAAAUCCAAAAAUUACCACUUCCACAUGGAAUAGGAGGUUCAUGUCUGUAAGUGAAUUGCUGCAAUGUAGGAAUCAAUGUUAAUAAAUUUAACAUUUUUGUAGUUGGAGCAUAAAAAAACAUGUUUGUGAUUUUCUUAACAAAAUAAGAAAUCCAAAAAUUACCACUUCCACAUGGAAUAGGAGGUUCAUGUCUGGCAUGACUGACUGACUCCUUGAGUGUAACAGUAAUCUCACGUCUCAUCAAUGUUUUGUGUCAUUACUGACACCUAGUGGCCAGAAUACUACAUAUCACUUGUAUUUCACUCAUUUUUUGAAAAAACGCUAUCCAGCGAGGGACGACUGUACCGCAUUGUGAUGCUGCAACAUGCCUUGUAAACUUGUAUAUAAUGUAUAUUUACUCCGACUGUUCUUUGUGUGUUCAAAGUGGUCUUAAGUUGAAGCACAUUUUAUGCUAAUUUGCAGUGUUUUUAUUGUUUUUAACGUGCUAUGCUGUAUUUCCGGUACACAAACCGAUACUACACACAUUAUCAUUUUAAUUUGAAACAGUCCUUUACACUUUUUUAAAUAAUAACUUGCAUUUGCUGCCAAGAUAACAAUAUGAAUUAUUAUUUUCUGUAACUUUUGGUCUUCAAAACAAUCAUAUUCAAUGAAGCUGCCGUAAAAAUGAACAUUUUUUAGAAUUAAAGAGCACAUUUCCUGUACUCUAUGCUUUUCCACUAAGACAGCAAUAACUUCUCUGACAAAUGACACAAAUUUACAUAUGUUGUUAUAGUUUUGGUUGAAUGAAGCGAUGCAGAUAAUGUGCCUCUCUACACCUCAAUGCUUCCCGGCUUGCAUUUGAAUGUAACAUAACCUCUUAACACCUUUCUGCAUGCUUUGACUCUAAUGCAAAUUGCUUACAAUAACUUUAUAACACUUGACUAUCUGUCAACGUCAUUUCUUGCAGGCUUUUUUCUACUUUGGGGGAAAGCGGUGAGAUUUUUAAUGAAAUGCUAAUAUGUGAUGGUAUCUAUUUUGCACCUUUUUGUUGAAAGAAAUAAAAUA